UCAAAGGUUAAUAAGCAAACACAAGUGACAGUGCAGCGCAGUACAGAGACCGCAAGCUAUAGCUAGCUGUGUAUCUUCUUCCCAACACUGAACACAGGCUGCAUUGCGAUGACAGACUACAACACUCCAUUCCCCACGGCCCCGCCACCACAACAUGCACAGCAUGUCAACCCUCCAUCUUAUUCUGAGAGCCCUCAAUCAUACGGGUCCACUAACUAUGCCCCAGGCUACCAAGGAGGUGCUGGCUAUCAGCAGCAGCAACCUUACAACACAGCCUAUCCCCCCAGCACCUACCAGCCUGCCCCACUCGUGUACAACACCACCAACACUACUGUGGUCAACACACAACCCAACCUCCCUAUUUAUCAUGCACCCAAACCCUCCUCCUAUAUAUGGCUGUCUGUCAUCGCCAUGCUCUGUUGUUGCUUUGUGCUAGGACUGAUUGCUCUCAUUGUUGGUCUGGAGGUGGACAAUGCCUACAACUGUGGCAAUGAUGCUAGAGCCAAGGAGAAGUCCAAGAAAGCUCUGGGAUUCUCGAUAUCAGCCAUUGCAUUUGGUGUUGUCAUUCACCUCUCAUGGAUUGGAUAUGUUAUCUAUUUAGUCGCAUAAUAGAUAUUUGUUGUGUAAAAAAAAAACCUUUGUAAUUGUGA